UGGACAAUUGUUGUGUGUAUUUCGCAUAGUAAAGUUAAAAAUUGCAACAAUUAUUUUUAUAAUAUUAAAUAGGUAGUUAACAAUAAAAACUAACAUAAAAAUGGCUAAAAUGGCAUUUCAGCAUCAAGCCGGUACGGCUAUGGAAUGUUUGAGUAUACCCAUCACGUUGCAUAAAGAAAAGGAUUACGACCACGAAGGUAGAGAAAUACUAAAAUGUGGCUUUAAAAUCGGCGGAGGCAUAGAUCAGGAUUAUAAGAAAAGUCCACAAGGCUAUACGGACUAUGGCAUUUAUGUCACCGAAGUACAUGAAGGAAGUCCAGCGGCCAAAGCCGGAUUACGUAUCCACGACAAAAUUUUACAAUGUAAUGGAUACGACUUCACUAUGGUCACACAUAAAAAGGCAGUUAGUUAUAUACGAAAGAAUCCAGUUUUAAAUAUGUUGGUAGCCCGUAAAGGUGUCACGUCAUCAUAAAAGUAAGGAUAUACUAAUCCUUAUUGGGAAAACCCAGAGUCCCACAUAUUAUUAAAUUUAAGACUUAAUUGUGGCUAGUAACAAGCGGCUCUCCAACGUUCAACAAUCGUUGAAAACUUUAAGAUCUCUGCUAAAGCAUACUAAUUUUCAGACCCAUUUCAAACGUCGAUAAAAACUUUCCUAAUAACUACUGUUGAAAAGACGAAAAGCAUUUUAAAAAAAUCUGGCCAAGAGAAAUUCCAGCUAAAAAUAAAAUUGAUUCUGAAAGGAAAAUAAACACUUGUGGCCAAAUUACUUAUGUAAGAUGUUAUACAUUAAUAGAAUUUUUAAAAGAAUUCUGCUUUUGUACUUAAGAUAGAGAGUUUUCCAGUAUCACCAAUAUUCUUAUUCCAUUUCCCUCAACAAAGAGUCGUUCAGUUAAAGUUUCAUGUGAUAAUAAUAACAACAAAUUAAGUUUU